AUGCCCAAACACUGCUACCGCAGUCACCAUGAAAUACCCAAACCCUGCUACCACAGUCGCCAUGAAAUACCCAAACACUGCUACCGCAGUCACCAUGAAAUACCCAAACACUGCUACCGCAGUCACCAUGAAAUACCCAAACACUGCUACCGCAGUCACCAUGAAAUACCCAAACACUGCUACCGCAGUCACCAUGAAAUACCCAAACACUGCUACCGCAGUCACCAUGAAAUACCCAAACACUGCUACCGCAGUCACCAUGAAAUACCCAAACACUGCUACCGCAGUCACCAUGAAAUACCCAAACACUGCUACCGCAGUCACCAUGAAAUACCCAAACACUGCUACCGCAGUCACCAUGAAAUACCCAAACACUGCUACCGCAGUCACCAUGAAAUACCCAAACACUGCUACCGCAGUCACCAUGAAAUACCCAAACACUGCUACCGCAGUCACCAUGAAAUACCCAAACACUGCUACCGCAGUCACCAUGAAAUACCCAAACACUGCUACCGCAGUCACCAUGAAAUACCCAAACACUGCUACCGCAGUCACCAUGAAAUACCCAAACACUGCUACCGCAGUCACCAUGAAAUACCCAAACACUGCUACCGCAGUCACCAUGAAAUACCCAAACACUGNAUCAUUUAG